AUGGACGCCGAGUACCCUGCCUUCGAGCCCCCGCUCUGCAGCGAGCUCAAGCACCUGUGCAAGCGGCUCCAGGAGGCGUACCGCGAGCUGAAGGAGGACCUCACGCCUUUCAGAGAUGACCGCUACUACAGGCUGGCGCCCAUGCGGCUGUACACGCUCUCCAAGCGCCACUUUGUCCUCGUGUUCGUCGUCUUCUUCGUCUGUUUCGGCCUGACCGUCUUCGUUGGGAUCAGAGGGCCCAAAGUGAUCCAGACUUCCGCAGCUAAUUUUUCACUAAGUAAUAGUAAAAAGCUGAAGCCAAUUCAAAUACUUUCAAAUCCACUGUCUACAUAUAAUCAGCAACUGUGGCUGACAUGUGUUGUUGAGUUGGAUCAAUCAAAAGAAACGUCUAUUCAGACAAGCUUUCUCAUGACUGUUAAAGUUGAUGGUGUAGCUCAAGAUGGAACCACCAUGUUCAUUCAUAACAAAGUUCACAAUCGGACAAGGACCCUCACCUGUGCGGGGAAGUGUGCAGAAAUUAUUGUGGCUCACCUCGGCUACUUGAAUUACACUCAGUAUACCGUGACUGUGGGAUUCGAACACCUGAAGCUAGCCAUCAAGGAAAUGAACUUUACAUGGAAGACUUAUGACCCUGCAUUUUCCCAACUGGAAAUUUGGUUCCGAUUCGUCUUUGUGGUGCUUACCUUCAUUGUCACUUGCCUGUUUGCCCAUUCCCUCCGGAAGUUUUCCAUGAGAGACUGGGGGAUGGAGCAGAAGUGGAUGUCCAUUCUUUUGCCUCUGCUGCUGCUUUACAAUGAUCCGUUCUUCCCCCUCUCCUUUCUGGUGAACAGCUGGUUUCCAGGCAUGCUGGACGAUCUCUUUCAGUCUGUGUUCCUGUGUGCCUUGCUGCUCUUCUGGCUGUGCGUGUACCAUGGGAUACGGGUUCAGGGAGAAAGGAAGUGUUUGACUUUCUAUUUACCUAAAUUCUUCAUUGUUGGACUAUUGUGGUUGGCUUCUGUUACACUAGGAAUAUGGCAGACAGUUAAUGAAUUACACGAUCCAAUGUACCAAUAUCGAGUUGACACAGGAAAUUUUCAGGGAAUGAAAAUUUUCUUCAUGGUGGUGGCAGCUGUGUAUAUUUUAUACCUUUUGUUCUUGAUAGUGCGGGCCUGUUCCGAGCUACGUCACAUGCCUUAUGUAGAUCUCAGGUUAAAAUUUUUGACUGCAUUGACUUUUGUAGUACUUGUCAUUAGCAUCGUCAUCCUUUAUUUAAGGUUUGGAGCGCAAGUAUUACAAGACAAUUUUGUAGCUGAACUGUCAACUCACUACCAGAAUUCAGCUGAAUUCUUAUCUUUCUAUGGCUUGUUGAACUUUUACCUCUACACUUUGGCCUUCGUGUAUUCUCCAUCGAAGAACGCCCUAUAUGAGUCCCAGCUGAAAGACAACCCUGCAUUCUCCAUGCUGAAUGACUCCGACGAUGAUGUGAUCUAUGGGAGUGACUAUGAAGAGAUGCCUCUGCAGAACGGCCAGGCCAUCCGGGCGCAGUACAAGGAGGGGUCUGAGAGUGACUGA